AUGCAACCCAUCAUCACCUAUCUAAAGGAUCAUUCACUACCAGCUUCUAGAAGCGAGGCAAGGAAGUUAAGAAGAAGGGCUGCACACUUCGUCCUACAAGAAGAUGUUCUCUACAAAAGAGGCUUCGCCUCGCCACUUCUCCAAUGUGUAGGAGGCGAAGAGACCAUGUAUAUACUCAGGGAAAUCCAUGAGAAAAUCUGUGGGAAUCACUCCGGAGGAACAGCUCUGGCACACAAAGUCGAAACUGAACCUCUUGCUAAGAUCAUCGAGGCGAAUACUGAAACAUUUGUCUGGAAGAACAUCAUUUGCAGGAAGCUUAACACCUCGAAGGGGGUUUGGGACGAUGAGUUUCCCCACAUCCUCUGGGCCAUCAGAACAACUAGCCGAACUGCAACAGGAGAGACACCCUUCUCAAUGACCUACAGAGCCGAGAACAUGAGCCCGGUUAAGGUAGGAGUCCCAUCGCACCGUCGAAUACACUUCAAUGAGAUCAGUAACGAUGAGGCUCAAAUGAGCAAACUCCAUCUCCUUGAAGAAAUGAGCGAUACCUCCCAGGUGAACUUGGAAAAGUAUCAUAGAAAGAUGACCCGCUAUUAUAACUCCAAGGUCAGAAAUCGGACUCUUCGUCUGGGGGACCUCGUUCUUAGAAGGGUCUUCUAA